AUGGCGUUUCUACUAUACAUGCUGGGCAUGGCGCACCACCAAACCUCAGAUAUCCCAACCACCUCGAUGCAACAAAAUAAAGAGCGCAGGAGGCUACAAAAACCACCUCGAGCCUUCCGUCCCUGUAAAGACAUUUUCGAUGUUGUAAAGGCUCAAUCCUGCCUCACACUCACAGACAACGGUGAUGACGUUCUGACCGACCAGGGGCACAGUCAGCUCCAGAAAACCGGAAGUACGAGUACGAGCGAGGUCUCUUUUCAACAUCUAGCUAUACCCAACAAUGUCCUCGAAAUCCAUCCUUCAAAUCAUUCAAACGAAGCGCUCAGCCAUUAUUCCGGAGACGAAAUGGACGCUGGCGACUGCAAACGUCGAAGAUGCAAAACCCCAGUCUUGUAUGUUGGGCAGCUGGAAUCCGAGCCCCUAGAAAUCGAUGUCGACCCCGCCAAAUGCUACGCCGACCAGUAUCGCGCCGAAUUACCACCCCGCGUCUACACGCCCUCGAUUGCACCUCAGCUCGCGAACCCACGAAGAAGGCUUCGGAAAGUCAAAAGCCAGCUGAGUCUACGAGAUACCAUCAAAGCGCACGCACGAUCCAAUUCCUCCAUUUCGAGUUGCGAGACUCUCGUGGGCUUAGAUUCGCCUCAAUCACCAGCUUCAACACUCCCAACCUCGCCAACAAAAAGCUAUUUUGAGAUCGAGAAGCUCCAUUUAGUGGAUAAACCAUACAUGCGCAUCCUCCCGCCUGAUUCGCAGGCCUGGAACGCAGAUGCAGAUGCAGUCCCUGAACCGGACGAUGACAUCGCGCUUCAAAUGUGCACGACCCUUUUAUCCAAUGAACUCGCGACAGUGCUUUCCAAGCAACAUACGAGGGAACAGCAAGACCGGACAUCCGGAUUGCAACUCCUGCUCAUGAUUGAAGCCUACGAAGCCAUGCAGCAGCAAGUUCGACAAGAUCUCUACGAAUCGCAAUUCACGGGUCAGACAUGUCAAUUGAAAGGGCUUGACAGCAUCCUAGACCACUGGGUUGAUACGCUGUAUGCAAUGUAUGAGCAGACACAGAAGACCGAGUGCGAGAAAAUCGACGAGGCUGUUGAGAUUGAACAGGAGGUGGAUGACUGGCCAUUGCGGCAAUCUGUAAUGUCGCCGGCUCCAUACAUCAACCAAAGAGGCUGGUUCUGA